AGUUCUCUAUAACGCGGUCUCCGGGAGCCAGCGGGGAAGAAAGAAGCCGAGCGGGCGGAAGGCGCCCUCCCCGCCGCCUGGGCCCGGGCACCGGGUGCCGGGCCCGGGGUCCUUCCCGCCUCCCGCGGCUGCCGGCCGCUUUGUUUCCCCGGCCUCGGCCGCUCCGGGCUCCUCGAGACUUGGUGGUGGGGGGCGCCCGCCGGGGGCUGCUCCAGGAACGCGGCGGCAGCGGAGGGCGACCGACCCGCGCCGCGACUCGCAGGGACCCAGGAGUCCGGCCGCCCCGGAGGGCCGCGCGACGAGAUCCAGGACGGAGCCCCGAGCUCCGCGGGCCGGGGGCGCCCGUGAGCGGAGACCUCCCCGUCGAGGGGGGGCGAUGUUCCCCUCGCCCGUGGGAUCUUCGGGCAACCCGGGCAUCCCCCCGCCGCUGGGACCCGGGCCCCCGCCGGGGGCACCUCUGCAGGCGGUUCCAUGGAGACUCUGUGCCCCGCGCCCCCUCUCGCGGUGCCGGCGUCCCCGCGAGGGUCGCCCUGCUCUCCCGCUCCCCGGAAGCCGCGUCGGGGGACCCAGGAGUUCUCUCCGCUGUGCCUGCGUGCCCUUGCCUUCUGCGCCCUUGCCAAACCCCGGGCGUCCUCUCUGGGCCCGGGCCCCGGGGAGCCUGCGCCGCGGCCCCCGCUGCUGCUAGGCCCUCGCGCCCCCCUGUGCACCGGCGCCUGCGCCCCAGAUGGCCCGAAGCCGCCCGCGGGACCGGCCGCGCGGUCCAGCGAUCCCGACCCGGCGGCCCACCAGGAUGCGGACGCCGCAGUGUGCCCGAGCCGCGACGAGGAGGAAGAGGGCGGAGGCGGCUGCCCGCGCUGGGGCGCUCGCUCGGGCGAACCUCCCGGCCGCUGCCCGGCGGCGCCCCGCCGCCCUCGGGACUCUCCGAGCGGCUCCGCCCCGGCUCUCGACUCGGCGCCCGACCCCGCCGCGAGUCCGCCGCGGGAGCCCAGCGCCCGGCCGCCGCCGCCGCCACCUGCGGGCCGCGCCGGGGCCGCGCCGGAGCCGUCGCCGCCGGGCCCGGCCGCAGCCGAGCAGGGCAGCGCCGCCACGGCCGCCCAGCCCUCGACGGCCGCCGCCGCCGCCCCGGCCGCGCCCGGCCACCUCCGCCAGGAACACUUCGACCGUCUGAUCCGCCGCUCGAAACUUUGGUGUUACGCGAAGGGCUUCGCUCUCGACACCCCGACUCUGCGCCGGGGGUCCGAGCGGCCCCCCGCCGCCAAGGGGCCUGCUCGCGGAGCCCCGAAGAAACGGCGGCGGCCGCCGACGCCCCCGCGCCGCAGCGCGCAGCCCCGCCGGCCCGCCCCGACGCUGCCCACGUCCAGCACCUUCUGCCUCCUGGACUGCUUCCCCUGCCCCGCGGCGCUGGUGGUGGCCGAGGACGGAGACCUGGGGCCCGCCUCUUCGCUGCGCCUCCAGGGAGACGCCAAGCCGCCGCCGGCCCACCCGCUCUGGAGGUGGCAGAUGGGGGGUCCCGCGGUCCCUGAGCCCCCCGGCCUCAAAUUCUGGGGCAUCAACUGGGAAGAACGCUGAGCAGGAGCGCUCCAGUACCACAAGGGGAAAACGGGGGGAUGCGUGGAGCCCACAGCCGCCUCGUUUCUUACCUCUGGCCUGUGUUACGGGCUGUGGUUGGAGGGCCCCCGGGUGACAGUGCGGGGCCAGCACCUCACUGGCUGCAGUGACACCCUCGCCCCCUUCGCCGAGGGAGCGGAACCGAGCGCUGGAAUCCGGAGAAAGGCUUAAGAGAUUCCAACCCUCCCUCUCCCCAUCUCGGGGGCUGGAGGGGGGGGGCGGGCCUGCACCCCAGAGGGAGCCCGGGAGGCUCCGAGAAAAACAGAGAGACCGAGCUUGGUGAUGGACAAACUGGUGGUUUCCGAGGGGGUGUGGGGGCAGUGGUGGGGGUGGGGAAGUGAUUGACAGCUCCCUGGGGGGUGUCCCCCACCACCAUCCCCCACCUUUAACCCUUCACUCCCCUCUGCCGCCCCCAGAGCUGUUUGGGGAUUGGGGGCAGCUUGGGGCGGGGGAAGAUGCCCGCGCCCUCUGCUGCUCCUAGCCCCCCCCCACCCAGGCGGGGCACCCUCGGUUAGUGAGAUCUGUCUCCCCAUCAGACUUUCCCUUUUGUUGAGUUUCAGAGUUUCUUCAGUUUUCUCUGUUUGUUUCAGUUCCUAAGGCCUGGGGAGGUAAAAGCGGACCCCCCCCAAGUCAGCCCCCUCCCCCAGUUUACAGCUCUCUGAGCGUGAGGGGCGGGGUUGAGGGUCCGCCUCCCCUCCCCAAAUGCAGCCGGGACCUGGGGACCGGCCGAGAUCAUUCCAGGCAAAGGAAAGGAAGGUGGAAGAAAGCAACAACGUCAGACCCUUUCGGGGGCCUCUCCACGGGCCUGGGGGGUGGGGCGGGGCGGGGGUGCGUAGAGGACAGGCCUGGGGCCCUGUCCGGGCACCCAGACGCAGCCCCCCGGGAACGGCAGCGGCAGCGAUUUGUGGAGCGGUUAAUGGAGGGGCCAGGAGGCGGGAAGGGGCGCUGGCGCGGGGCUGGGGCUGGGCCCAGAUACCUUCAGCGCCCCCCACCUCCAAGCAGGCAUUUCGGGAGUUGUCAGGGACCUGAUGGAUCCGCAGGGGGCAGGGCCAGGGGAUUAGUUCGGAGGUCAGAGGUUCUGUUUUCCAGGGGGGAGGGGAGAGAUCGGCCCAGGCCACGCCCUCUGAACCCCUGGGGUCGGAGCAAGGCCCGAGCCCUCCCACUCCCUCCCCCCAACACCCCGCAGGUGAGGUCCCGGAGAAGGCUUUGGGGGGAGAUUCCUGGUUUGGGUGCAAGGUGGGGGCGCUGGGAGUUGGGGAUCUGCGCGAGCACCAGGGGUCCCAGUGGUCCUUAUCCCCCCAUGAGUGAAGAGCACCCUUUCUCCCCCAAAACCGGGCAAGGGAGGAGCAAUUCCCACGAACUGGGCAGGGACUGGUCUCCUUUUCCGUGAAAAUGCUUUGUAAAAAGUUGUUAUUGUUUGCAUAGGGCAGAUUCUCCAGAAAAACUGUCUCUUGGACCCCAAAAGAUUUGUUUGUUUUAGAA